GCGGGUUAUAAAGAAAAAUUAGCAUACCGAUUCUUGCCUCCACUAUCGAUCCAUUCGUAAGGAAUGAAUCAAUAAAACAUUACGCACUAUUUGCUACCUUGAAGCUUGUCAGCUGGUAUAGUUAAUUUAUCAAUAUUUAAAUGAAGUUUCUGCGGCUCCAGCCUUGGAUUGAUCAGGAGCAAAUAAAUACAAAACGAGUGUCGAACACCCUAAUGAAAAAACUGCUAGGCGGGAAUUUAAAGCUUUGCUGUAGCAAACAGUUGCUAGAACAUCUUUCAACACUGUUAGAUGGUGAAUAUAACGAUGUUGAAACACUUUAUGCUGUUCCAUUUCCGUAUUUAUCGCUUGCCAGAGAAAUAUUUCCAUCAUACGUGAAGAUAUCGGCCCAGGAUUGCUCUGAAUUUGUAAGUGGCGCCUAUACGGGUGAAGUGAGUGCAGAUAUGUUGGUUGAUAUAGGUAUAAACAACGUAAUAAUAGGACAUUCAGAACGGAGAAAGCUUUUUGAUGAUGAAAAAAGCGUAUGCAAUAAGGUUAUGAACGCUUUCAAAAAGGGAAUGAGCGUACUUUUAUGUGUUGGAGAAGAUGAGAAGCAGAGAAAGGAGAAUAAAACGAUACCAGUGAUAGAAAGACAGUUGAAGAGCGUUCUUGAGUGCAUGGUUGACCAUAGAAUCUCCUGUAUUGAUGUUGCCUACGAGCCUGUUUGGUCGAUAGGGACUGGAAAUGUGCCAGAGAAUGAGGAAAUUGAGGAAGUCAUAGGUUUUAUCAGAACGGAAAUGAUGAACUAUCAUGUAAGUGGACGAGUGGUUUAUGGUGGUUCGGUUAGUAGCAAAAAUGUUGAAAAUUUGUGCGGUAUUAAAUGUUUAGAUGGGUUUUUGGUAGGAAAAUCGUCAACAACCGAAGAGUUCGCUCACAUUGCCCGUCUGUUGCAUCGGAAAUAAACUGUGAA